GGAGGAGUGAGAGAGGGGGAGAGCAGGCAUAAAACAGACUUUGAGCUUCAAACCGCUCAGUAUGAACCAGCUGUGCAGGAUAAAACACCUCUAAUCUGUGCAAGCUGCCCGCUCACAUGACUACGGUGUUUGAAUAGCUUUAACCGGAACAGUAAUUCUGUACUGAACUAGAAAAGAUGACAGCGAUGUUCAGAUAUGCCAUCUUUCCUCAUCUGCAAGAUCCACGUGACUCUGGUCUGUCUCUGUCACCGAGGAGGAGUGUCAUGGCGGAGCCAGACUACCUGGAGGGGGACUGCGAUGAGCUCAUCAAACCCAAGAAGCUGAUCAACCCCGUCAAGACCUCCCGCAACCACCAGGACCUUCACAGAGAGCUGCUCAUGAACCAGAAGAGGGGACUUGUUCCUCAGAACAAGCCUGAGCUCCAGAAGGUUCUGGAGAAGAAGAAGAGGGACCAAGUCCUCAAGGCUCAGAGGGAGGAGCAGGAGGCCCACAAAAAGAGGAGUGACCUGGAAAUAGAGCUGAUGAAAAGACAACUGAAACUAGAGCAGCUGGAGCUAGAGCAACAAAAAAUGGAGGAAGAACAGGAAAACACCCCAGAGUUUGUCAAAAUGAAGAGCAACCUGCGCAGGACCAAGCAGGAGACCGACGAUGAGGAACGGACCACCUAAUACCAGCAGCGGCGGGGGCGUCUGCAUCCGGCUGAUCGUGUGCAUGUUUGGGGAGGGGGCACAGGAGUGUGUGUUGUGUCACAUGUUGUGUGGUGGUGACUAAACUGUGGUCCCGAGAUGAACUUUCCCAACCUAGCUGUACCCUUUCGCAGUGAGGAGAGACUUUACAGACUAAAGGUUCCUCGGUCUGCCCGCCACGGACCACCAGUACCCACAUCGGCUCCUCACACUCACCCAGCAGCACGUGGCACCCCCCCCUCCUCCUCCUCCCCCCCACAGGAGGGACUGAACACACAGACAUGUUAACAUGUUCCACACCUCUCGGCGAGGCCAAGCUUCCAGAGAGCUCUGACGGAGAGGCGACCAAACACACACACACACGCACACACCAGUUUUCAUCUCCUCUGUUUUCACUCCUCUCUGCAGAGGGCGCUGUCAUCACCCUUUACUGUUAUUGGUGUUAUCAGUGUUUGUUUCUUUGUUUUUUCUCAGAUUUUUUUUUCCCUUUUUUUUGUCUUUCUUUCUUUCUCAAAAGAGGGCAAAGUGGACACUGGAUGAACUGUUAAAGCUGUGUAAUUAAAAGCCAAACACGUGGUUUUGUUAUUUAUGUUUGUAGCUUUUAGCCCAGGUAUACGGAGGGAUACUUUUAGUCAUUCUGUGUCUUAGUUUGUUUUACAGCAUAGUUUUGGAGCCAGAAAAUGUCAAAGGGAGCGAAUGAUUGUGUAAAACACUUGUUUGCCUUUUUUUUUUAUUAUUAUUAUUCAAAAAAUGUCAUUUCCUCAGCUAAUGCAAUUUUGAGCAAUAGUAAAACUCCCAGGCAUGAGAGUGACCUUUUUCUUUAUAUAUCCCAUUGUUUUGUAUGAGUAAAAGUGUUAAUAAAUAAUUUAAGCUUU